CAAAAAUUUGGGCUCCAAGCUCUUUUGAUGUUUCCCUCAUGGCCGUUGCUCUUCCUCUGCGUUCACUGAGUGUCAGAGCUUCGUCAUGGGACACACAGCAGAGACUCUCUUACAACCCCCACCGCACCGCCCACAAGAAACCCCAAAACCAUAACACUCUCUCUCCCACCACCACCACCACCGCUACAACUACAACACCAUCAGUUUCCCCAUUAACUACCUCAACCAACCGCAGAGACCUGUCUGUUUCAGAACUUCUCAAGCGCCGCAAUCAAAACCGUACUCAAGUGAAUUUGGAUGAAUCUUAUCUGGGUGACGAGAGAUGGUUGCCGAGUCCUCCGAAAGUGGAGAAGCCGCGAUCGAUGUAUAAUGCAGCAUCGUUGGCAUACAUUGGAGACUGCAUAUACGAGCUAUUUGCUCGCAGACACUUUUUGUUUCCUCCGCUAAAUAUUGAAGAAUACAACGAUCGUGUAAUGGCAGUCGUACGCUGUGAAGCCCAAGAUGCAAUGCUCCAAGAACUUACUAAUGAUAAUUACUUAACAGAAGAAGAAAGGGAUGUUCUUCGUUGGGGCAAAAAUAGUAGUUCAGCUAAAACGCGAGCUAAAAAAAGAGCCGGUGUAGCCAUUUACAACAGAGCAUCUUCACUGGAAACACUAGUUGGCUAUCUCUACCUGACAGAUGCGAAACGUUUGGAAGAGAUGAUGCUAAAGUUGGGCUUCUCUGCUGGUGAAUCUAACCAGUUGAUACUAGAGAGAUUAAACAAAAAUUUGACAAAAUCUAAUAUAUGAAACGCGUAGUUGUUCUUGGUUCAAUUUAUAUCCAGCAUUCCCCUCAUUCUGCAGUGUACAUGCUGCUAUAUACUGUUUACUUCCUUUUUUCCUUUUGCUCAUAUCAGUUGAGUUGAACGAAAAGAGGUUCAAUCUGUACUGCCAGCGAAGUUCUGUUUCCUUUGGACAGUUUUGUUUAUUUUGUGUAACGGGGUCUGUAAUUAUUGUUUAUAGUGAAUAAAAGGAUAAGGAGGCAUAGUUCUGGAAG